GUGUGUUCGCAUGUCAAACGAAACAGCAUUAGCUGGAUUAUUUCUCAUUACUGCCUCAGAAGAAAGUAUGUAUAUGUAAUCUCCGGGUAGGGGGAUACAUUACACUUCAGAGAUGUCCAUGUCCCACCUGUACGGGCGGAGAGAUGAGGAGGAGGAAGGGGUGGAGAUUGAGAGCUUCGAGGUGACAGACUGGGACUUGGCCAACGAGUUUAACCCGGACCGCCGCAGACACAGGCAGACCAAGGAGCAGGCCACCUACGGCAUCUGGGCUGACAGAGACUCAGACGAGGAUGAGAGGCCGAGCUUUGGUGGCAAGAAAUCUAAAGACUACACUGCCCCAGUGAGUUUUGUGAGUGCUGGACUGCGUAAGACUGCAGCUGAGGAGAAACAGCAGCAAAAAGGAGAAGGAGACUCUGAUGACUCUGAUGAAGAUGCCCCUGCAGCACCUCCCCCUCCUCGCAGCACUGCACCCAAAAAACUCCAGAUGGGCACUUUCCGUGGGAAUCAGUCGCAGAGGUUUGCGGGUGGCAUACAGUCUGGGCAGGGUAUUGGUAACUGGGAGAAGCACACAAAGGGAAUUGGACAGAAACUUCUGCAGAAAAUGGGCUACCAACCAGGAAAAGGCCUGGGAAAGAAUGCUCAAGGUAUUGUAAACCCUAUUGAAGCGAAGGUUCGCAAAGGAAAGGGAGCAGUCGGUGCUUAUGGCAACGAACGAACCCAACAGAGUCUCCAGGACUUUCCUGUGGUUGACUCAGAAGAAGAGGAGGAAAAGGAGUUUCAGAAGGAGCUCGGUCAGUGGCGAAAGGAUCCUGCAGGGCCUGCAGGAAAGAAGAAACCAAAGUACUCCUACAGAACUGCAGAUGAACUGAAGGCUAAAGGCAAAGUGGCAGGACGGAGCACAGCAGCGUCUGCUGGAGAGCUAGCACAAGUCAAGGUAAUCGAUAUGACUGGAAGAGAGCAAAAGGUAUAUUACAGCUACAGUCAGAUGUCCAACAAGCACAGUGUUCCUGAUGAAGGUCCACCAAGUAUGUCCACUCGGGAUCAGAAGGGGUCUGGCUUUGCUCUCCCUGAGCUCGAACAUAACCUGCAGCUACUGAUAGACCUUACAGAACAGGACAUAUUACAGUCUGCCAGACGUCUGCAGCAUGAAAAAGAUGUAGUUGUGUCUCUGAGCCAUGAGUCACGAGCGUUGCAGAACAGACUGGAUGCAGAGCAAGAUUCCAUCCAGAGAAUGGAAGCUGUGCUGGCACUGGUGGAGCGUUUUCCUUCAGCGGAGGCGGCACCAGGGGAAGGACCCUCCCUGCAGGAGUGUGCUCGGAUCUUUGAGACAUUACAAACUGAUUAUUACGAAGAAUACAAGACAAUGGGAUUGGCAGACCUGGCUGUAGCUGUUGUUCAUCCGUUACUUAAAGAGAAGCUUUGUUCCUGGGACCCUCUGAAGGACAGCUCCUAUUGUCUGGAAGACAUCGGCCAGUGGAGAGCAAUCCUUGAAUCUCGAGACCUCCUCUCCAGUGGCCCAGAUUCAAAUAUGGAUCCUUACCACAGACUGUUAUGGGAAGUGUGGAUCCCAGUGAUGCGGACUUGUGUAUCAGGCUGGCAGCCUCGCAUGGUCGGGCCAAUGGUGGACUGUGUAGAAGUGUGGGCUCCUCUUCUGCCUCUGUGGAUCCUGGAUCACAUAUUGGAGCAGCUGAUCUUACCCCGACUACAGCGAGAGGUGGAUAACUGGAACCCCUUGACCGACACAGUGCCUAUCCACUCCUGGGUCCACCCGUGGCUGCCUUUGCUCCAAACACGUCUCGAGCCUCUUUACCCUCCAAUUAGGAGCAAACUGUCCAACGCCUUGCAGCGGUGGCAUCCCAGCGAUGCCUCAGCCCGCCUCAUCCUGCAGCCGUGGAAAGACGUUUUCACACCAGGUGCAUGGGAGGCUUUCAUGGUGAAAAACAUCAUCCCUAAACUGGCUUUGUGUCUGGAGGAGCUGGUCAUCAACCCUCACCAGCAGCAGAUGGAGCCAUUUUACUGGGUGAUGGACUGGGAGGGCAUGUUGUCCCCUUCCAGCCUUGUGUCCCUGCUAGACAAAAACUUUUUUACAAAGUGGCUGCAGGUCCUGUGUUCAUGGCUGAGCAACAGUCCCAACUAUGAGGAAAUCACAAAGUGGUACCUCGGCUGGAAGAGCAAGUUCAGUGACGUCUUGUUGGCACAGCCCCUUAUUAAAGAGAAAUUCAAUGAAGCAUUGGACAUCAUGAACCGUGCAGUGUCUUCGGGCAUGGGUGGAUAUAUGCAGCCUGGUGCAAGAGAGAACAUCGCAUAUCUGACACAGACAGAGAGACGGAAGGACUUCCAGUAUGAAGCGAUGCAGGAGCGCAGGGAUGCUGAGAGCGUGGCUCACAGGGGCAUCAGCGCUGGCGUGCCAACCAACUUUAAAGAUCUUAUCCAGACCAAGGCAGAGGAGAACAACAUUGUCUUCAUGCCCUUAGUGGCCAAACGGCAUGAGGGGAAACAGCUGUACACGUUUGGCCGUAUUGUAAUCUAUAUAGACAGAGGGGUUGUGUUUGUGCAGGGAGAGAAGACCUGGGUGCCCACAUCUCUGCAGAGUCUCAUAGAUAUGGCAAAGUAAGCAUGGAAACAUUAAGUCCUGCCAAGUGUAAAAAGACAAAAAGUUGAGGAAAUGUUUGUUUUUUUGUAACUACAGUAUACUGAAUAUUUGUCAUAGAUCUGUUUGUAAAAUUUUAAACUGUCAGAACUGUGAAUAAUAAACAUUUUUUGAAUGUA